AUGAGAGAGCACUUUGCCUACCUCGCGACCCUCGCCCGUCGCCCUUGCUUUCUCCGCCCACUGCCCUCACCCCGCCCGUCGCCCUCGCCGCCUCGCCGCCCGUCGAGGUCGGUUCCCUCGCCCGUCGCUCUCGCUUCCCCCGCCUACUACCCUCGCCUCGCCUGUCGCCCUCGCCGCUUCCCCGCCCGUCGCCCUCGCUUCCGCCCGUCACCGCCCAUCACCCUCCCUUCCGCCCGUCACCCUCCCUUCCACCCGUCGCCCUCCCUUCCGCCCGCCGCCCUUCCUUCCCCUCGUCGCGCUUCCUUCCGCCCGUCGCCCUCCCUUCGUCUCGUCGCCCUCCCUUCGUCUCGUCGCCCUCCCUUCCUCCCGUUGCCUUCCCGUCCGCCCGCCGCCCUUCUUUUCCCUCGUCGCGCUCCCUUCCCCCCGUUGCCCCCCUUCGUCUCGUCGCCUCUCUGUCGCUCGUCGCCCUCCUUCCCGCUCGUCCCCUCGCAAUCCCCGUCUCUCUCUCCCCCCGUCGCCCUCUCUUUCCCCGUCGCCCUCCCAUCCACUCCUUGUCCUCGCCAUCCCUCCCUUCUCCCUUCUCAUCUCGCACACUUCUCUCUCCCCGGCAUCUCCCUCGCUCCCCACGUCCUCUUCCCUGCUUCCCCCCAUCCCCUUCCGUGCUUCUCUCCAUCCCCUUCCGUGCUUCCCCCCAUCCCCUUCCGUGCUUCCCCCCAUCCCCUUCCCUGCUUCCCCCCAUCCCCUUCCCUGCUUCCCCCCAUCCCCUUCCGUGCUUCCCCCCAUCCCCUUCCGUGCUUCCCCCCAUCCCCUUCCGUGCUUCCCCCAAUCCCCUUCCGUGCUUCCCCCCAUCCCCUUCCGUGCUUCCCCCCAUCCCCUUCCGUGCUUCCCCCCAUCCCCUUCCGUGCUUCCCCCCGUCCCCUUCCGUGCUUCCCCCCAUCCCCUUCCCUGCUUCCCCCCAUCCCCUUCCCUGCUUCCCCCCAUCCCCUUCCCUGCUUCCCCCCAUCGCCUUCCCUGCUUCCCCCCAUCCCCUUCCCUGCUUCCCCCCAUCCCCUUCCCUGCUUCCUCCAUCCUCUCGCACUCUCACUCUCCUUCCCCCACCCUCUGCCCUGUUCCCACCUAGGAAACCCCAUCCCUGCCUUUUCCUCCCACCCUCCUUCCCCCACUCUCCCUCCUCCUGCACUCUCUCCCUCCGUCCUCUCGCACUCUCACUCUCCUGCACCCUCUGCCCUGUUCCCACGUGCCCUCCCCAUCCCUGCCUUUUCCUCCCUGCUCCGCCCUUCCCUCCCCCAGCCGUUCACAACCCUUCCCUUCCUUUUCAUGCCCUACCCUUCCCCCUCACUCCUCACCUUCCGCCCUCUAAUACCCAUGCAUGUGCACCCAUUAGUGUCUCCCCAUACAUGCUUUCAUUAUGUGCGCUUGUGUGUAUUCCCCUGCCGUUGUUCCCUUGCACCUCACUCCACCUCCCCCAUGUUUCUUCACACGAAUCUUUCUGCCUACUCCAAUCUCCCCUAUUUUUCAGUGGUGAAGCAGAGGAGCAAGCUGAGGCGCAGCUAG